AAAUUAACUCAAAACUUAUAAUCGUAAAAGCCCUACCCAAACACCUAAUUGAAAAGGAGACCCAAAUUCUCUCCCCUAAUUAGCAGAAUAUCAACACCACAUUCGAUUAUUCGAGCCCUAAUUCUCUCAAGCAUUGCUAUUUCUGGAGGGUCUAUGUGAGUGAAAAUGGAGGACAAACACGAGGAAGUUGAGGACAUUGAGAGUGGUUUAAGUGAUUCAUUUAUUGACGACGACGAUUCUGAUAAUGAUGAUGAUAAUGAGCCUUCUACAUCUGGACAAGAUGAUGGGACCCGUAUUCAGGAACCUUUGACCGACCAAGAAGUAGAGGAGUUGGUUGCUGAGUUCCUGGAAGUUGAGAGUAAGGCUGCAGAGGCUCAAGAAGCACUGGAAAAGGAGUCUCUUGCAAAAGUAGAGAGUGAUGUGAGGGAGGAGUUGGCACAAAGUCUCCAGGGUGAUGAUCUGGAGGCAGCUGUUGAAGAUGAGAUGGCUACUUUCAGGGAAGAAUGGGAAAAUGUGCUCGAUGAGCUUGAGACUGAGAGUUAUCAUUUGUUGGAACAACUUGAUGGGACUGGUAUUGAGCUGCCAAGCCUUUAUAAGUGGAUUGAGAGCCAGGCUCCAAACAGUUGCUGCACUGAAGCUUGGAAAAGCAGGGCACACUGGGUGGGAACUCAGGUGACCAAGGAAACGACUGAUACAGUAGCUGAUGCUGAGAAAUAUCUUCAAAUCCAUAGGCCUGUUAGACGACGACAUGGUAAAUUAUUGGAGGAGGGAGCAAGUGGAUUUCUGCAGAAAAAACUUGCAAUGGAUGGAAGUGAGGCUAUUGCAGAAAAUGGAGAAGUAGAUUGGGCCUCUAUGAAGAAACUAUUCUCAACUAGCAGUUCUGAGGAUGUUGCUUCAUUUGGCAGCAAGCAUUGGGCUUCUGUUUACCUUGCCAACACUCCUCAGGAAGCUGCACUUAUGGGACUUAAAUUUCCUGGAGUCAAUGAGGUUGAGGAGAUUGAAGACAUUGAUGGGAAUUCCACUGAUCCAUUUGUUGCAGAGGCCAUAGCAAAUGAAAAGGAAUUAGUUCUUUCUGAGGAACAGAGAAAAAAUUACAGAAAGGUCAAAGAGGAAGAUGAUGCAAAAAUUGAUCAAAAACUUCAACUUCGUUUGAAACAAAGGAGAUGUCUUAAGAGAUGUAAACAGGGUGUCAGCUCAGUCGUCCAGGAAAUGGGAACAAACAUGGCUGAGUCAGUGCCUCUGGAUGACAAUUAUCAUGAGGUCAAGGAUUUGAAGAAAGACGUGUGUGAAAAUUCUGGAGACCUUGACAUGGAACAGUUGAUGAGUGAGAGCAAUUCAGUUUUCCCAGAAUCUGAUGCCUCUGAACCCAGAAGUUCCAAGCGUUCAAAUGAGAGUGAGGACCUAAACAUCAAUAAUAAGAAGAUUCGAACUGUUAUCAUAGACAGUGACAAUGAAGCAGACAUUUUGGAGGAUAAAUCAGUACAAGGCAUUAAAAUUGAGGAUCAAUCAACUUUGCUAGAAAACAUUGGGGACCCUUCUGCUGGCUGCAAUCCUUCACAGGGUUCAAGUGAGAAGUUUCAGUGCACUGCCUGUGAUAAAGUUGCUGUUGAAGUGCACUCACAUCCACUUUUGAAAGUAAUUGUUUGCAAAGAUUGUAAAUUCUUAAUGGAGGAAAAAAUGCAUGUGAAGGAUCCUGACUGUUCUGAGUGUUACUGUGGAUGGUGUGGAAGAAACAAUGACUUGGUGAGUUGUAAGUCAUGCAGAACAUUAUUCUGCACUGCUUGUAUAAAAAGGAACAUCGGUGAAGAGUACUUGUAUAAGGAUGCAGUUUCUGGUUGGCAAUGUUGUUGUUGCUCUCCAAGUCUGCUACAAAGACUUACAUCACAAUUAGAGAAAGCCAUGGGGUCUGGAGAUAUAAUGGUUUCAAGUUCUGAUAGUGAUUCAGACUCUUCAGAUACAAAUGAUGAUGUUACAAUCAGCUCUAAGAGAAAGAAGAAAAAGAAGAUUAGAAGAAUCAUUGAUGAUGCUGAAUUAGGAGAAGAGACCAAGAGAAAAAUUGCUAUUGAAAAGGAACGUCAAGAACGCUUGAAAUCCCUGAAAGUCAAGUUUUCUGACAAAUCCAAGAUGAUGAAGUUUGCAAGCUGUAGCGGAAACUUACCUGAAGGUGCUAGUGUUGAAGUGAUUGGUGAUGCCACAACUGGUUAUAUUGUGAAUGUUGCGAGGGAAAAAGGUGAAGAAGCUGUGAGGAUUCCUCCAAGCUUAUCAUCUAAAUUGAAAGCCCAUCAGGUGGCAGGGAUAAGAUUUCUAUGGGAAAAUAUUAUACAGUCAAUUAGAAAAGUGAAGUCUGGGGAUAAUGGUCUUGGUUGUAUUUUAGCGCAUACAAUGGGCCUUGGUAAAACUUUUCAGGUCAUAGCUUUUCUGUACACUGCCAUGAGAAGUGUUGAUCUGGGUUUAAGAACAGCACUCAUUGUGACUCCUGUGAAUGUGCUGCAUAACUGGCGCAAGGAGUUCAUGAAGUGGACACCUUCAGAAGUAAAGCCACUCCGUGUUUUCAUGCUGGAGGAUGUGUCGAGGGAGAGAAGAGUGGAAUUGCUUGCAAAGUGGAGAGCUAAAGGUGGUGUUUUCUUGAUAGGCUACUCUGCCUUUCGGAACUUAUCUCUUGGAAAGAAUGUGAAGGAACGAAAUAUGGCUAGAGAAAUGUGUAAUGCCUUGCAGGAUGGACCUGAUAUACUUGUUUGUGAUGAAGCCCAUAUCAUCAAGAACACCAGAGCUGAAACAACCCAGGCACUGAAACUGGUUAAAUGCCAGAGAAGGAUAGCAUUAACUGGAUCACCUCUUCAGAACAAUCUAAUGGAGUAUUAUUGUAUGGUUGAUUUUGUAAGAGAAGGUUUUCUUGGCAGCAGCCACGAGUUUCGGAACCGCUUCCAAAAUCCUAUAGAAAAUGGACAACAUACUAAUUCAACGGUUGAUGAUGUAAAGAUAAUGAACCAAAGAUCUCAUAUUCUCUAUGAACAAUUGAAAGGGUUUGUUCAAAGAAUGGACAUGAGUGUGGUGAAGAAAGACCUGCCACCUAAAACUGUAUUUGUAGUGGCUGUAAAGCUCUCGCCAUUACAGAGGAAAUUGUACAAGAGAUUCCUUGAUGUGCAUGGGUUCACAAAUGGCAGGGUUUCGAAUGAAAAGAUGAGGAAGAGCUUUUUUGCUGGUUACCAGGCAUUGGCUCAGAUAUGGAACCAUCCUGGAAUUUUGCAAUUGAGGAAAGGGAGAGAAUAUGUUGGCAAUGUUGAAAACUUUCUUGCAGAUGACUGCUCUAGUGAUGAAAAUGUGGACUACAAUACAAUUGUCGAAGAGAAGUCAAGGAAUCCAAAUGAUUUUAUUCAAGGGAAAAGUGAUGAUGGAUUCUUUCAAAAGGAUUGGUGGAAUGAUCUUCUACUUGAAAAUAAUUAUAAAGAGGUUGAUUACAGCGGCAAAAUGGUAUUGCUGCUUGACAUUUUAGUCAUGUCUUCUGAUGUGGGUGAUAAGACGUUGGUUUUUACCCAGAGCAUACCCACUUUAGAUCUGAUAGAGCUUUAUCUUUCAAGAUUACCUCGAGUUGGAAAAAAGGGAAAGUUUUGGAGAAAAGGAAAAGACUGGUAUAGGCUAGAUGGAAGAACAGAGAGCUCUGAAAGGCAAAGGUUGGUUGAGAGGUUCAAUGAUCCCGAGAAUAAGCGGGUCAAAUGUACUUUGAUUUCUACUAGGGCUGGUUCUCUUGGGAUUAAUCUCUAUGCUGCUAACCGGGUGGUUAUUGUUGAUGGCUCUUGGAAUCCAACGUAUGAUCUUCAGGCCAUAUAUCGGGCUUGGAGGUAUGGCCAGACUAAGCCAGUGUUUGCUUACAGAUUAAUGGCACAUGGAACCAUGGAAGAAAAAAUCUAUAAGCGUCAGGUCACAAAGGAAGGACUUGCUGCAAGGGUGGUUGAUAGACAACAAGUAUAUAGGACUAUCUCCAGAGAAGAAAUGUUGCAUCUUUUUGAAUUUGGUGAUGAUGAGAACUCAGACACACUGAUUGACAUUGGCCAAGAGUAUAGACAGGCAGAUACCAGGAAUAUUUCUUGCCAAACCGCAAAUUCUUUGAAAAAGAAUGCGUCUCGUUCUCAUGGAAGCUGUGCUUCUGGUAAGGUGAUGGAAAGCUUGCUUGGCAAGCACCGUCAGAGGUGGAUUUUUGAUUACCAUGAACAUGAGACUCUUUUGCAAGAGAAUGAAGAGGAAAAACUAACAAAGGAGGAGCAAGACAUGGCUUGGGAAGUAUAUAAGAGAUCAUUAGAAUGGGAAGAAGUGCAUCGAGUUUCCCUUGAUGAUUCCACUUUUGAGCGAAAGCCACCCAUGUCAAAUGGGGCAUCUUCUGCCCCAGAUGCAAGCAGCAUACCUGUGCCAAGCAUGGCCCGUCCUGCAUCUGAGGCUUCCAAUGGAGCACCUUCCGAGAGCAUUUUAAGGAGUCGUAUGGUGCAGCGGAAAUGUACUAAUCUCUCUCAUUUGCUGACCCUUAGAAGUCAGGGAACGAAAGCUGGGUGCACUACUAUAUGUGGGGAAUGUGCCCAGGAGAUAAGCUGGGAAGAUCUGAAACGGGAGGGUAAGGCAGCACGGGAGGGGGGUUGUACAGAGAUAAUGGGAUUUUGGGAUGGUUGUAGAUAAAUUGGAGGGAAGUUGUAAAUCUCAACUCAUAUGAUCCCUUUUUGAUGUAGUAAUUGUUAUGGAAGCUGUUAUCGUCAAGAAUGUAAUUCCACUAAUCCUUUCAAGAUAUGGAGAUACAUGUUCCUUUGUGUUCUUUUCAAA